AUGGGUCGACUUAAUUACUCUGCGAGAAGAAUCUCCGGGGUCAGGGCAGCGCAGGUCAUCUCCAAGGACCUUAAAAAACGAAUCCCCCCAGCAUUGAACUCCAAGGCCGCAGGCCGAGAUCCAACCCUAGAGUUCGAGGUCUCUAACAAGAACCUUUCCGAUGAGGGAUUCGCACAGUUCAUCGAUGACCUGAUUGAGUGUAUCAAGUACCGCGAUGACGAUCACCUGGCAGGUCUAGCCCGGGUCGUCGAGCUCCAUGUCUCGGGCAACGAACUCACUGCACAGUCACUCGUGAAGCUCGGCGAAGUGGUGGCUCUCUCGAAGGGAGAUCUGCAAGAACUCGAUAUCUCGAACAAUAACAUCGAGGUGAAGACCCCCGAGCAGAAGCAGAUCUGGUCCGAUUUUCUCUCCUCCUUCAAGGACUGUUACAUGCUCAAGAAGUUCGAUCUGGGAGGUAAUCCGCUGGGCAAGGCGGGGAUAGAAAUCCUCGCCCGCGUCUAUGUCAAGAGUGAACUGGAUUUCCUCGAGGAUGACGCCGAGGAAAUGCUUGGGAAUACGGCGGACGAGAUCGAGGUUCUUGCGAAGAACAUGACCGCACUCAAGCUCAAAUCGGACAAGGAGAACGAGUCGCCCAAGUCCUUUGGCCAGAAGAAGUCGCCGAAUAAGGGCAAGAGUGCCAAACAGAGUGGUAAGUCCCGUCGCAAAGAUGUGGCCCGCCAUCCUGCUAAUACUCAACCCGUCAAAGGUGCCUCUAGCAGCGGUGCGCUGCCCAUGCCCACCGAGAAAAUCCAAGCUAAGCUCAAGCACUUCGCAUGCACCAGAGGCCUUCGGUCCAUUCCGUACCUGAUCGUCUCCGACAUCCCCAUGACCUCGGGCAGUGCCGUCCACCUCACCAGCAUGCUCGAAAUGCAGCGCACCCCGGAGCAGCUUCUCGAAUUCCUCCCCAAGGGCAAGACGCUGACGCUCCCCGAAGAGGCGCAGGUGUGCAAAGGCAUCAUCUGGCAGCCUUGCUACUACCUUGCCGACUACGCAUGCAAUCUCCUCAGCAUUUCCGAGCGUAUCCACGAUCUGAAGGACAUAUCGGACCCAGAGGAAGCCGAUGACGAGGCCGACGAAGACUGCGACGAUGCCCUGGGCCAAAGCAAUUCCGAUCACCCCGCGGCCCGGAAGAUGGGCACGCUCGAGAUGCGCAAGAUGCGGAACAAGAAGUAUGUUGAGUUCAUGCGUCUCAACAAGAAACUUCGUAUGGAUGCCCUGAAAAACGAAGGCGUGAGAAGCUUCGAGCUCUGGGUCACCGCGUUGCGGAUGAUGCUCGUGUCACGGGCCCUGUUGCUGGAAGAUAAGGAUCGCGCGUCCGACAAUCCGGCCGAGUAUGAAGAAGGUGAAUCGCACGCCGAGCCUGAAGAGCCCGAAGAGCCUGAAGAGCCCGAAGAGCCCGAAGAGCCUGAAGAGCCUGAAGAGCCCGAAGAGUCAGCCCCAGCAUGUGCGCCAGCCCCAGCCCCAGUCCCAGCGCCCAAGCUCAUCAAGACAGUCGUCCGCGACCCAUCCGAGGAUGCACGCAUCGACCAGCUGCGCAACCUUCCCCAUCCGCCGCGCCCCCUGCCCAUGUCCAUCGCUCGCGGCCCUUUCUAUCCCGGCACCGACGAGUUCUUCGCCAACUUCCCUGCACUGUGCUCCGUUCCAACCAUCCACAUUCAGGACGUCACCGAGGACGAAAACGACAGCGAGGUCGGUAUCGAGGCGGAGAGCCCAUCGACUAAAGACGCCCUUUCAUCCGCAGCCGGCCCAGCGCAACGCUCUGGAAAAGCACACGCCCGCGUUUUCAUUGUUCGCGAGCCGGAGAAGUCUGGCUGGCGGUACGGUCUGCCUCUGAAGUUGUGGCGUCGGAUCAUCGCAGAUGCAGUCGGAGCGAACCAAGUGUUGAACGGCGAGCAGCAGGAACGGGUCUUGCGCUAUGCAUCUAACUGGGAGGCCCUGAGGUACGAGAUGACCAUCACCGGCGCGGAAGAUCACCAGCAGAUCUGGAAGUUCCUGGAAACCGUCCACUGCUUCACUUACAGUCGUCUGUAG